AUGUGUUCUACAGCUAAGAAAAUGUGGGGUACUUUGACUGUCAUUUUUGUAGGAUGCUCUACCUCCAUGGAAUCUACCAUUACCACCUUAACCAGGAGUUAUGAGAGAUUUUUCUCUUUGAGAAAUGAAUCCUUGACUGACACUCAUACCCGUUUUAAUGCUUUGGUUAAUGAUCUAGUUGUUGUUGGUAUUACUAAGAAAAAUGAAAUUUUGGAAAGCAAAUUUUUAGACUCAUUACCACCAAAGUGGAACAAUUAUAUUUCUUCUGUGAAACUAAGUUCUGUAUAUCAUGAUCUUGAUCACCCUGGACUUUUUGGUUUGCUCCAUAACCAAGAGUGUUCAGAGGCUGAAAAGUUGAUUGCUAUGGAUGAUUCUUAUAGUCAGCCUCCUACUGCACUUGUUGCUUCCAUGACUGACCACCCUAGCUCAAUAUCUAAUGAGAUCAUUCCUUGUGUCAAUGAAUCUAUACCUGUUUAUUCUGAAUCUGAAUGUAAUGAAUUUGAUGGUGAGGAGAUAGCCAAUGAAGUGGCUAUGUUGGCUGAUAAGAUAAGAAGGAGAUCUUUUGGUAAGUUCAAAGGAAAAGGAAAAAGUGGAAAAGCUGAUAAGACUAAGAAGUCUUAUGAUAUGUCCAAAGUCACUUGCUACAAGUGUGGUAAGACUGGACAUAUGGCUGGUGAUUGUAGAUCCAAAGAGUCUUCACAAGCUGUGUCAUCCAAAAGUGGAAGAAGUGAAAAAUACUCAAAACUCAAGACUAAAUACAAAGCUCUCAAAGCACAAGUUGCUGAGCUGAGUAAGAAGAUUGAGAAAGAUGAGAAGAGUCUGAUAGCCAAAUAUUGGACUGAAAGUGCUACCUCUUCAGAGGAUGAGGAGUACACUAAUGAGAAAUGUCUCAUGGCUAAAGAGAAGUUUGUAGAAGAUCUCAUCAAACUGCAAGAGCAAGUUGAGUCAGAUCACAAAGCAUCUACUAGUCAGACCACACCACCUGAGCCUCCUUCUCCACCUAAGAUACAAACCAAAGGAAAGAAUUCUAAACCAAUCAAGUUGGUUCAGAAAUCUGGAAUUGGGUUUGAUGAUCUUGAAGUUAUUGGCCAAACCAUUGCAAAAGCUGUGUCUGAAUCUGAUAGGUCUGGUUCUAAGGGAAAUGUUUCACCAACAAAAUCUGUGUCUAGUUCAAACCACCUUGAGUCUGACUCUGACAAAAUGAUUUCCAAAUAUGUUGAGUCUAGAAAAGAUGAGAUUUCUGAUGACAAAAAUUUACUUGCAAAAGUGUUUGAUCCCAAAAUAGUUUAUCAAAGUAAAUUAAGGUCUGAAUGUAAGAAAUCUGGAAUUGGAAAAGGUUUUGCACAAAAGGAAACUCUGAAUGUUGCUAAAAAGAAUUUCAAAUCUGGGAAGGGUCAGAUUAAGCAGCAAUGGGUUUCAAAAUGUGAUAAGAAUGUCAGUUCAGUCUCCCAAUCUGAGUCAGACCCUAUGCUUAGGACAAGCGUUGGUUCUAGUGUUACAUUUGGAGAUGACUCCCAAGGAAGAACUGAAGGAUUUGGAAUUUUGUCAAAUAGUCCCCUUGCUUUCAAAUUGGUUUCUUAUGUAAAUGGUUUGAAGAACAAUCUGAUUAGUGUGAGUCAAUUGUGUGAUGCUGGAUAUGAGGUAAGAUUCCGAGCUGAUAAGGGUAUUGUUCUGGAUUUGGAAGGCAAUGUGGUGUUAAUUGUAGAGAGAGAUGAUUCCUUGUAUUCUUUUGACAUGAGAAGUGCCACUGUAACAAAAGAAGUGUGUUUCAUGUCAAAGAAUCAAGAUGAGUAG